AUGGUACAGGUAGAGGAUUUUGACUACCUCGUCAAGCAGGUCUCGCAGCUGGAGGUCUCGCAGACAGAGCCUGAGAAGCCGGAGCCUGAGAAGCCGGAGGAGCUCGGCCAUGCGAUGAGAAAGUACUUUUAUUUCGAGAAGGAUUGGAUCAAUAUCAAUCAUGGCUCCUUCGGCACAUAUCCCCGCCCCGUCGGCCGCGCCCUCCAAGCCUUCCAGGCCGCCUCCGAGAAGCGCCCCGACGAGUUCAUCCGCACCACCUACCCCGCGCUGCUCGACCGCUCGCGCGCCCUCCUCGCCGCAUACCUCAACGUGCCCCUCCCCGAGCUCGUCUUCGUCGCCAAUGCCACCACCGGCGUCAACACCGUCCUGCGCUCGCUCGUCUUCAAGCCCGGCGACAGCAUCGUCUAUUUCGACUUUAUCUACAACGCGUGCAAGAACAGCGUUGAGUACAUUGAGGAGACCACGCCCGCGGUCGGCGUAAAGGUCCCGAUCAAGUUCCCCGCGAGCGAUGAUGUCAUCGUUGAUACCUUUCGUGCGGCGAUCAAGAAGGAGCAGGAGAGCGGCGGAGUGGUGAGGGUCGCGAUCUUUGAUACUGUUAUAAGCAUGCCUGGCCUAAGACUGCCGUUUGAGAGGCUGGUGGGCGUGUGUAAGGAGCUCGGGGUGCUGUCGCUCGUGGACGGCGCGCAUGGGAUUGGGCAUCUCCGCCUCGACCUGGGAAAGCUCGACGCCGACUUCUUUGUGAGCAACUGCCACAAAUGGCUCUACGUCCCCCGCGGCUGCGCCGCCUUCCACGUCCCCCUCCGCAACCAGCACCUCAUCCGCAGCACCCUUCCCACCUCCCACGGCUACCUCCCGCCCACACAGGCCACCCGCACCUCCGCAGUCCUGCACACCAACGCCUCCAACUCCGACUUCGUCACCAUGUUUGAGUUUGUCGGCACGGUCGACAACUCGCCCGCGCUGUGCAUCCCGGCCGCGCUCCGCUUCCGCGAGGCUGUGUGCGGCGGCGAGGACCGCAUCAUGGCCUACGCGCAGGACAUUGGGUACCGCGGCGCGCAGCUCAUUGCGCAGCGCCUCGGCACGGAGGUCAUGGAGCGCGAUCGGGAGUCCUGUUUGUGGAAUGUGCGGCUGCCGCUUGUGGUUGCGGGGGCGAGGGCGGCAAGGGAGGGGGAGGGCGUGGUGGAGGAGGAGAAGGCGGUGAGGGUGAGGGAUUGGGCGAUGGAUGUGGUGAAUAGGGAGUUUAAUUCGGCGGUGCCGUUGAUGGUGUAUGGCGGGGAGUGGUGGGCGAGGGUUAGUGGGCAGGUGUAUCUUGAGAUGAGUGAUUUUGAGGUUAUCGCCGGGGUGCUGAAGGCCAUGUGUAAGAGGAUCGCGGAGGGGGGGUAUUUGUAG